AUGUCAAACAAGGAAGGAUUUCCUAAUAACUCAUCUAAAAAAUGUUUUGUAAAAGAUGCAAACCUACAUUGGGCUUAUGCAAAAUUUGAAACCAUAAAUAAUUUAUCUGUCAAAAUAUUAAAAAUUAAAACUGAAUUAUUAAUUUUGUAUCUUUUGCUAAAAACUCAAACUUAUUUUGGAUUAUAUUAA